AACUUGGGAAUAGGUAAACAUGAUCACACAUGGCAGCCUAACGAAUGAACCCCGUGAUUUUAUAUCAAUCUUCAAAACCUGUUCGAUUGAAUAUGGUUGAAGUUGAUCGUUCGCAGCCCUGCCACAUCGAUUGACCACAAGGAACCAAGUCAUGGAUAACCAAGCAUUCGAAGGGUUCCAGAUGGACUACACCUUCUCCGAACCUGAUACUUCAAGAUUAACCCUAGCGGAGGAACACUAUUAUCUGAAUCCAGAGGUUCAAAGUGAUGCAUAUACAGCGCUUGGACCGAAUUUCGACUUUCAUUCGCAGCACCUUGCUCCCAACUUUUCAGAUUUUCCUAUUGUCCACGAAGGUGUCGUGCCCGCUGAAGAAUAUGAAAAUGAGUACCCAGAAGAUUUCCAGAAUCAGGGAGAUGAACGGACUGCAUACGAAAGCUCCGAUUCAGAAACAUCGUCGGGAGUCGAAGAUGAGAUCCUGCCUGAUUUCGAUGCGAACGACCCGGUUGGGGAUCCAAACUACCCAAGUUCAUCUGCCUCCGCCUCACCAUCACCGGAUGAGUCGGAAGAGUCUGAACGGGAAAUUCAAGAGGCCAUAGGAGGGCUCGCUCGAGGGAAUAAGCGUGGCAGACCUGCGGGCCGUGGACGCUCCCGCGGUCGACCUCCAGGGGCAGGAAGGGGUCGAGGUCGAGGCCGAGGAGGCUGGCGAGCAGUUCUCAAGAAAAAAGCCGAAGAAGAAGGCUGGUCGGAUGACGAACUGUUCCGGAAGCCUAAACGCCAGAAGAAGACGGAGAAGCCCCGUGGAAGACAGAAAGGCGUCAGGGCAGGACCUCGGAAGACUGCAGAACCCAGCAUGGAAUUUAGGCGACUGCAAUCCAUUGCAACGAAAGCCUAUAUCGACCAGAAAUUCGAAAUCGCCUUGAAAUAUGCCCGAGAUGCGGUCAAGGAAAACCCGGAGAUAUACGCUGCGCACUCCUUGCUUAGCGAGAUCCUUCGGCUCAUGGGAAACAAGGCGGAGUCUGUUACGGUGCUGAUAGCAGGAGCCCACACUGCUCGAGACCCCCAAAUCUGGUUGGAUGCCGCUGGAAGAGUACUUGAGCUAGCAGAGGACGACAAGCCACGACAGAAGCAAGCGCUGUACUGUCUCAGCCAAGCGAUCGGACUUGACCCCAACGCCAUCGAACCGCGAUGGGAAAAGGUGAAGCUGCUAGAAGAAAUCGGCAAGAAGGGAAGCAAGACCAUACAGAACGAAUGUGUCAUCAUCCUCAAAACGCAACCACGUCACUGGGAUGCGCUGGACACACUGGCUGAAAUUGCACUUCAAAACAAUGAGAUUCCCGAGGUGAAGAAGGCUAUCAAGUUCUACGAUGCAGCGUUUGAGAAGGCCAUGAGUGAGGAAGAGGGGGAAGAGGAGGAGUUCAGCUUUGGACAGUUGAAUAGCUACCUCGAUCUAAUUGAGCGUACUGGCGAUUACAUGGUUGCCAUCUCGAAGCUCAAGAGUCUCUCGCGGUGGCUUGUUGACCGCGAAAAUGAGACCUACUGGGACUGGGAGAAGACGGAUGCAGAAUGGGACAUUGAUGAUAAGCGACGGAAUCGAGUCAGAGAAUUUGUUCCGGGCCAAUAUCCAAAGGACUCUUAUGGAGAGUUACUUCCCAUUGAACUUCGAGCUAAGCUUGGUAUCUUCCGGCUUAAACUUGGACCGGAGUAUCUGGACGAAGCGAUGCAACACUUCAGGCUGAUCUUAGACUUCGGAGUCGAUAAAUAUGGUUUGGAUCCCGAUCUUCAAGCUGUCUAUGUGACGGUCGGGGACCUACUGAAGCAAGAGGGAGAUACGUUGAAAGAAGCCGAAAACAUGUCAAAGGCGAAGGAGAUGUUCGAAACUGCCGUCGACUUCUAUGAGCGGGUGAACAAUCUUGACGAAGACCCAGAUGCAAAUCUGUUGACAAGCCUUGCCCACUGUUAUAAGGCCACCGAUCGUCUAGAUGAAGCAGAGCAAUGCUAUCGGAGGAAUCUCGACGUCAUUGGCUACAGCAUGCAGGCCCGGAUCCAACUCUAUGUGUUCUACACGGAAAUCGAAGAGCGCGAAAAAGCUUCCCAAGUCAUGGACGAGAUCGAUAAGAUGAGGGUUGCUCGUGAUGGGGUACGCAAGAAGUAUAGCGGCCCGUAUCGACCAGCUUUACGGCCUCGUUUCAUCCAUAAGGGUAUGCCCACUCGACAGAGACAACGCCGCACAUUACGGCAUGCCUCUAGAGAAGGCGCCAGCCCACCGCGUAUUGUGAUGGACCACCUCUGGAAUAAUCUCCGCGCCCUCCAAGCGCGCGUCGAUGAUAACGAUCCGGACGCGAUUGUCAGUUGGCUUGAAAUCGCCGAAGCCUUGAUUCAAGGCUUCCGAUCUUGUGCGGACAUGUGGCCGAGUCGAGACCGCAUCAAUCGCUUCGGGGGGUAUUCACGUCAGUCACUAGAACUUCAAGGAAAGACGCCGUCGCAGGAUGUGUUGAAAAGUCAAAGCGCCGCCAUCAAUGCAAAGAAGCAAAGACGAAGACCGAUCACGUAUUGGGGCACCGAGGGCCUUUGGAACUUCGCUGAUCUGCACGCGGACUUCCAUGGUGUUUCGUUCACCGACUGGGCGCAUUUAUUCUGUCAAUACGCUCUUCUCCUAGCGAAGAGCGGGGAAAUUGACGAAGCAAAGAAUGCCUUUGAAGAAGUGGAGGAUGCAAUCGUCUUCCAUUUUGACGAGGAUAUCCAGCGUAUCCGCAACGUCGCGUUGCUUUCAUACAAUCUAUACAUCAACGACGAAGAGGGCAUCUUGAACACGGCUCGAUGGUUUAUCAAGACCAAUCCCUAUGGCCGGGAAUUAUACAAGAUGAUGGCCUGCGUUGCACGUCAGUACGUCGGGCGACGGACAUGGUUCAGUUCCGGACCUACCCAGAAAUUCGUCAUGCGCAUGGUCAAGAUGCAAGACUUUGCCCUUCUUACCCCGGAGAACCGCGAAAAAUACGACUUCUCCAAUGCCGAGCGAGUUCGAUGGCAGAGCAUGAUCGACGGGAAUAUGAACUCCGAGAAGCAGAUAGGCGCCGACGCACUCCCGAAGCUGAAAGAGAUCGACCCUUCCUUGUUGACGCUAUACGCGCACACCCUCUCCGAGAAUCGACACAUUAGCGGGCUCCAUUACUACUUCCGCGCGUACUGCCUCCGUCCCAACGACCCAGUCAUUAACCUCAGCAUCGCCAGCAACUUUUUCCAGUCCUCGAUCAAGCGGCGUUCGGACAACCGCCACUACCAGAUCCUGCAAGGCAUGGCGUUCAUGCAACGAUACUACCAAAUCAGGACCGCAGUCGGCGCACCCGCGAUCCAUCGACAGGAAGCGGAGUUCAACAUCGGGAGGGCGUUCCAUCAGUUCGGAAUGUGGAGCAUGGCGAUCCAGGCGUACCAGAAGAGUCUGGAGUUGGAGGAAGAGGUGCAGCGGGAGAUGGCGGAGACGGAUAGUACGGAGGAGUUCACGAAGGAAGCGGCGUUCUCGUUGGUACAUAUAUUUGGGCUAACUGGGAACCUGGAAUUGGCGAGGGAGAUUACUGAGAAGUACCUUGUGAUCUAAACCCGCAUAGAUACCCGAUCCCCCUGAGCAGUGUCGAUAUGCCAUCCGCUUAGGAGCAGUAUUCUACUGGUAGCUUGACUUAUGAAGCAUCAUUAAUAUAACC